AUGAAUUGCUCCAUUCAUCAUCUAAAUCCUAUAUCAUUUAUAUGUGUUGCUCCACAUAAGUGCUAAUGCGCAAGGAAAUUGUGUGCUGAAUGCUAAUUUGAACAUGAAGUUGACAAAAAUCACACAGUUCCGAUUAAUAAGUUUAAAGAAAUUGUUGCGAAGAAAUUAAAUGAAUCUAAUCUUAUUGAUUCAUCGGAAUUAACAAAAUAGAGAAUGCAUUUUAAAUAAAUGCUGUCUUCAACUCUUAAAAUGUUAAAAGAUAUUUGGGAUGAAACGACAGAAUCAAUUAAAUAGAUAUAUGAUUUGAUUGAGAUGGAAGAUAAAUCUUAUUUAAAUUAUAUGAACUACAAUGUCAAUCCUUUAGAAUUGACCAAUACCGAAUUAGAAAAGUAAGUCUAAAGUGUUAUAGGAAAACAAUUAGAUGAUUGGAAUAAUUAGAAAAAUUCUUAGUUGAAGAGGUUGGAAAUGACAAAGCAAUAUUGGGAAAAGGAAACAAAGGUGUUUUGUGAAAAUUAAAUAAAGAAAUGA